UUGACGACGACGAUGAAGAAGAAGAAGAAGAAUAUCUCUACUAUCCGUAGCUGAUACUAGAGUGCACGUCUUAAGCCAUACAGUUUCCACCGGACCGAGAGGAAGAACAUGCAGAGAUACAAAAACCUGGUGAUCUACUGCUACCAUCGCCGUGACCAGGGCAUGGACCGGCAUGCGUUCCGGAAGUUGCUCUUCGCUUCUAUUCUUUGCCUCAUGUUCAUGAUUUUCGAAGUUGUGGGGGGCCUUUUGGCCAACAGCCUAGCUAUUGCCACCGAUGCAGCCCACCUCCUAGCAGACUUGACUGGCUUUAUCAUCAGUAUGGGAGCUGUCUGGCUAUCCAGCAAACCACCCACGCGCAACAUGACUUUCGGCUGGUACCGCGCAGAAGUCCUGGGUGCUGUGAUAUCGGUGAUGUUCAUCUGGGUGGUGACUGGGACUCUGCUAUAUUGGGCCAUUGAGCGUAUCAUCAGCAGCAAGAGCAACGACAUCAAUGCCAGCAUCAUGCUUGUUUCGGCAUCCAUCGGCAUCAUUGUUAACAUAGUCAUGGGUGUAGCGCUGCAUGUAGGCGGUGUUGCCCACGGCCACUCUCAUGGUCACGUUCAGCAUGGGAGCGGGGCAGACAGCCAUCACAGCCACUGCUCCUUGCGGAAAUCCCAUGAGGGUGACGAGGUAUUAUCUGGCGAGAUGGCUAUGUCCUCGAAGAUCAAGAACGAGGCAGGAGCAGUCCCUGUCGCACCUGUAGUCAAACAACGACAGAACAUCAACGUGCAGGCGGCUAUUAUUCACGUUAUUGGGGACCUCCUUCAAAGUAUCGGAGUCUUUAUAGCGGCGCUCAUCAUCUUUUACAAGCCAGAGUACGAAGUGGCGGACCCGAUGUGCACGUUGAUGUUUUCUGUGAUCGUGGUGUGCACUACGUUACCGAUCGCCGUAGAGGCCUUGACGGUGCUGCUGGAAGGGAAGCCUCCCUGCAUUGACUUCAAGGAGGUGCUCGAGAUGAUGACGCAGGAGAAAGGAGUGCGACAAGUUCACCGACUGCGUAUCUGGGCUCUUUCUGUCGAACGACUCAUCGUCACUGCGCACAUCAUAAUCCAUCCCAAGCAAAAUGGACUGCGCAUAAUGGACAACAUAUCUCAGCGACUGAAUGCUACGUACAACAUUUUUGAGCUGACUCUGCAAACGGAACGAUUAGAGGAUGACGGGGAAGACUUGCUGCAUCUGAACCCACAGUCGCCCAGCUACCAGUCCAUGAUCGAGGUAGCGCCACCACCUCCCAAGACACCUCCCAAGACACCUCCCAAAGAGAAGAGUAGUUCGAAGGACACUUCGCGCACUAUUAUUAGUGUGCAGGACCCAGACACAGCUACGAAGACAUUUUCCCACUUGAAGAAACAUGGCCACUCGAAAACACCUUCCAAAGUGAAGAGUAGUUCGAAGACCGCUUCGCGCACUGUUGCUAGUGUGCAAGACACAGAAACAGCUACGCGCACGCCGCGCUAAUUACGCUAAUUACGUGGUAACGUGUUGUCGAGUAGCGAUAUAUCUGGAAAAUACAUACCACUCUGUUCUC